AUGUAUAUGGCGACUGGCUCUCCCUUUGAAACCGCGUCGCCUCAUCAGGCGAUAGCGGUACUGCUACUCGUUGAAAAUUCCCAACCCAUGUCCUUCAUCUGGCCUGAUCUCCGAGAUCUUUACUUGACCAAAUUGGUCGACAACAUAGAGAAGACGACCGCUCCUACCCCAAUAAUAUCUUUGGUGCUUGAGAGCUAUCCCUCACAAGGGACACAAGCUUCGUUUCCUCAGCAGUAUAAUGGCUUACACGAGGGUUUGAGGGAUUUGAGGUUUAACGGUUCACCAGACAACAAACUUAAUGUUGCUAAGAUUAGCACUGGAAUCGAUUGCUUAAUCUCCGUCGAGUCUCAAGGUCGACCAGCUGCCCUUCACCUGAUCAUUGUUGCCGCGAGCACGCCGUCAGAUGACGGUAUGGGUGGUGGUAACAGCUUUUCAACUUGGUCAUUGCUGGCGCAAAAGAUGGCUCAGGCAAACAUACACUGUCAUGUUGUCAUGAGUCCGAAUGAAGAUAUGACCUCCCUGACUUUUCUAUUUGAAGAGACGGCCCGUCUCCAGGGUGCCGUCGAGGGAUACCCACCUUUUCCAAUCGAACGAGGUCGAGUUACCUUCCGUCUAUCAGUUCAGCCAAGUCAUCACCAGUUCUAUCCGGACGGAGACUUUAUCACAGCUCUCACCCACAAUCAACCUCAAAGGAUCACACCCUCACGACGCAACACAUUUCCUCUUGACAGCCAGUACACAGACUCGCUGGAAUUGCUCGACGAGUCCGCACCUUCGCCCAGCGCCUGUGUUGAAUCAGACAAUGCACCGAGCCUAGUGACCCAAUUGCAGCAGAAGCACGGGUUAACGAAGAAAAAGGUGUACGGUGCAAAGCCUGUACGAGCCCCUUUCUUCCGUGAGGAACGCGUCCGCGACAGACAUCGCAAGAUUCCGGCGCCUUUAACGCUGCCGAUGCCUUUGCAACACCCAGAACUAACGCAGAGUGGCCGAGCGGUAUCACGAUCAAGGGCUGAACGCAUGCUACGUGUCGGUCAGGGGAGUCCUACGGAGCUUCAUCCUCGUCGCCAGCUAGGCUAUCCACGGCGCGGAUCGCGGCGGCCUUCACCCGAAAAUGAUGUUGGUAGUGCUGGGCCUGGGCCAAUUUCUUCGCCCGCCUCAAUCACUACCUUCAACGAGAUGUCACCCGCCAGCCCAUAUGAUUAUCCGUCUCCGGUGUCCCCGACUGGGGAUGAUUAUUAUGGCGUUCCUAGCAUCCCCAAAAACACUACACCUAUUGUACCCAUGACCUUGACACCUCUACACGGUGGUGGAAGUCCUGGUGAUCCAGCAUGGCUUCAACAACCACAAACCUACACACCAGGCUAUGCUUCCUCCGGGGCUCCUCUAUCCGUGUCAUAUUUCCCAGUGACUUCGCAACCACUUUACCCCAGCAAUCCUCAUCAGUACUGUGAUCCUGAUCCUCAAGCCCCUCAGAUGGGUCUGCAGUCCCAGGAGCGACAACAUCUCCCCCAACCACCAAUGGGAUCGUUAUCCCCUCCACAGAUUCCCCCUCAGCAGCUGCAGCCUCACCUUCAACAUCAGCCUCAACAUACCAUGGCAAUGUUAUCAUAUCCGCAGCUAUCAUACCCUACUCCGCAACCUAUCGAGUCCAAUAUUUACACACAUCCACCUUUUCCUCCUGCAGGAGGUGUCGAAGUGACGAAUGGCCUACAUACGCAACCUCAGCCUCCAACACCCGUCUCCGAGCUUGAACCUAUCAGACCACCUCUCAAAAAGUCGCGUUCAUACGCAGAGGAGGAUGAGAUCCCGUUCACUUUUGAAAAGGAGUACGUUGCAGCUACGACAGCUCUAUUCGAACAGGAGGUCCUCCCUGGCUACCCAGAUUAUCCAGCAUUGGGGCAAUCAGUGAAAGCUGUCCCUUCCAACGUCCCCCCGGAGCUUUCAAAUCCAACCACUGCGCAGACGGCUCUUUCUCCCUGUAGAGGAGAGCUCUACAUCAAUGAAUCGGAUUCGCUGCCUGUACAACAAUUAGGAGGGCUGUAUGCCUCGAGGGGUAGGCCUGAUGGGCCUCCGCCUCCUGCCUCUGUUCAGCUGGUAUCUGAGGGUCGCGGACCGCAGUAUCAUGGGUUCGGCAGCCAGCUGCAGCAUAUUUCGAUGUCGGCGAAUAUGGAGCACAAACCGCCUGCGCACUGCACCCUUGCGUACUCGACUACGUUCUCUCCCGGGACUUCUUCCUCUCUCACUGGGUGGGCUGGGUGAGCAUACCUGUGGAAAGCUUCUGAAUUCAUGACUCCAUCUCCGCUGUAAACGCUUUCUUUCUGACCCCAUCUGUAUCAUAGCACUUUUUUUCCCACUUGUUUGGGUUGGGUUUUGAGAGUUUCUAAUACCACUACUGAUGUUGUUUUACUAGUUACUGUAUGGGACGCUGUGUUAUAUUGUUUUCUCUACGUUUACUUGGUCUUUUUUCUUUCUUUCUUUCUUCACGGAUUUACUUGUUAGUAUCUAUCUCUGUCGCACUUUCUCGAAAUAUUCAUCAGCUGAAUAUAGAAGACCCUCACGUCGUCACUUCCUGCC